AUGGACCGGCAGCUGGUUUACCAAAUGGAUACGGAGCCAAGCCCAACGGUUAUGGAGCCCAAGCAGGUCCUUCCAAUGGUUAUGGCGCUCAUGCAGGCCCGUCCAAUGGACAAGGAACCAAAGGAAAUGGUUUUGGAGCCCAAGCAGGUCCCUCCAAUGGACAAGGAACCAAAGGAAAUGGUUAUGGAGCUCAUGCUGGCCCAUCCAUUGGACAAGGGGGCAAAGGAAAUGGCUAUGGACCUGCGGCUGGGGGACCCACAGGAAAUGGAGGACAAGCCAACGGUAAUGUCUCAGUGUCUUCAGAUGGAAGGAGUUUUCUGGUGUCCUCAGACAACAGACACUUGUGGUGAAUGUGCAGGAGGCUUUGGGGGUGCUGGCAACAAACCCAUGAAAGGAUUCGGUCGACCUCUGUACGGAGCAGGAGCAGCUCUUGGGAUGGGAGCCCCCAGGACUCCAGGGGUCCCUCAGCUGGCUGGAAACCAGAGGAAGGGAUUUGGCAGUAAUGGGUUUGGUUAUGGACCUCAGCCAAUGGGAGGCUACGGGAAUUAUGGUGCUUAUCCAAGGCCUGGUCUGGGAAUGAAGGGACCUAAGCCAGGUCAUGGCGCCCCUAAUGGACAAGGCACCAAACCCAACGGUCACGGUGCGUCUGCUGGAUAUGGAGCGAAGACUAAUGGUUAUGGAGGCAUUCCAAAUGGAUAUGGUGUCAGGCCUAAUGGGUUUGGAUACCCCAACGGGGGCGCUAAGGGACCCAAACCUGGUUAUGGCGCAGGAAUUUUCCCAAAGCGAUAUGGAGCCAAGCCAAAUGGUUAUGGGGCAGGAGUUGCUGGUCCAGCCAGUGGAUACGGAGGUAAACCCAAUGGUUAUGGAGGAUUAAACCAGGGGUCCAAACUUCAAUCCAAAGGUCUAGGGGCAAUUUCUCCCAGUGGGGGUGCUAAAGCACCUAAUGGUGGUCAUGGUGUGAUGCUAAAUGGUCAGGGGACAAGAGGUGCGGGGUCUUCUAAUGGGAAGAGCCUUAAAGGUGGCGUUCUCUCUCCUGAGCAGGGGGGGCCACCACAGCUGACUCAAGGUGUGACACCUUCUGCCCCUGAACCAACCCACAGUGUCCCUCUAGUGGAGACCCAAGGGGAAUACGGACAGCCGCCUGCAGCUGGGCCACCAUCAAAAAGCUACAAACCAGCAGCCCCAGUGCCAGAACUCCCCAACCCCAUGCCAGUCGCUCCCCAGCCUACACCCGGACCUGGCCCAGCCCUCCUGGGUCCACAAGGAGAGAGUCCAAAGACAGAGCCUGUAUUUCCGAAGGGCAAGUACCCCAAACCAGCACCUGGUCUGUCUCCCGUGGUUCCCCAGGGCACAUACACCAUGCCAGAGCCCGAGUCUGUCGCCUUGGUGCCACAGCCUGCAGCUGAGCCAGAACCAGGAGCUCCACAACCAAACCUGAACCAAGUGACACCAGAGUUCGCACCAGCAGUUCCCCAGGGCAGAUCUCCAAACCCAGCUCCAGAGACAGGACCAGUUCUUCCACAAGGCAAGUACCUUAAACCAGAGUACCAGUGGGCAAGUUAUGUCACUGGGAGUGCGGUGCCUGAGCUCCAAAGUGCUGAGGCAGACCUUCCUAUUGGAGUAGAUACUGCAAGCCAGGGGGACCUGGCCCCUGAAAGAGGGGCCCUUAACAGUAGUGAGCCCCUGGAUGCCAUAGGUACCGAGGUGCCUGAAACAGAGGAGGCGAAAGACAUGGGAGUCAUCGUCCCUGAGGAGACCGGGACCGAGGCGGAACCAGAGCUGGUUCCCGGUGGAGCUGGGACGGUACCAGACAGUCUGGAGAUGCCGACACAGGGACCUGAAGACGGUCGCCGUGAGAGCAAUGCAGCCGUGGCCCACAGUGGACAAGCAACACCACACACCAAACCAGGUUAUGGUGCAGAAAUGGGGGCUGCUGGCUCCAAACCAAAAGGGUUUGGAGCAGGAGCCGAGGUCCCCAACGGACACGGAGCCAACGCCAACGGUUUUGGUGCUGGACCUGGAGGUUACGGCGUGCCUGGAUAUAAUAAUGGAUACAGAAACACAGCUGGUUAUGGUCAGGGGGUCUACCUUGGAGCUGGAAGUCCCUACAGAGGCACGUCAUCAAAAGGCUAUGGGGCUGCUACUCUACCCGAGCAUGCAGGAAGCAGUCAGUUUGAGCCUCAACCCGCUGGUUUCAGUCCAAAUGUAAAACCGGGCAGCAUGUAUGGUGGGAUGGGUGGUUUGCCUUACGGAGGUCAGCACUUCGGAAUGGCACCAGAGAAAUCUCCAACCAAGUACGGCAUUGGUGGGUUGCAGUUUGGCGGUCAGCCCGUCUCUCUGGGGCCGUUCGGUGCAGGAAAAUACACUCCUGGUGGAGCCCCCUAUGGGCCGGGCGGUGAACCAGCUGGUAAAUAUGGCUAUGGAGGACAGCCUUAUGGUGGUCAACCUCUGGCUCUCGGCCCUGAUGCUAGAGCGGCUGGUAAUUAUGGUUAUGGAGGAUCGCCUUAUGAAGCCCAGCCCAUGGGUCUGGGAUCACAAAUUAGCUCCGCUGGAACAUACGGUGGAGCCGAAGUGCCCUACUUGCCAGACGGUCACGGCCUCGGGGGCCAGAUGAAAUCUGCUGGGAAAUACGUUGUUGUAUUUCCUGAAGCUCCCACCCUGCCCCCCUCCCUGGCCCUCCCCUCCUAUGUGCCGGUGGUCCCCUCCCUCCCCCCCGAGGAGGCUCCUGCGGCGGGAACAGAGGCCCCGCCUACCGGCCGCUCACUGGCAUCCGUGCCCGCCUCCCAAACACAAGCCCCGCCUCUGCUGCCGGAGCAACAUGACAGCCUGUUGCCACAACAACCGCCUCAGCAGAUCCACAUCCAGCAGCACCUGAAGCUUCACUUCCACCCCGAGGCGGAGACGGGUAAAGGUAACAACCCGUCCACGUGGGCUGACCCGGUCUAG